AUGUGGCCAAUAGGGGUAACCAAAUCAGGAAAACAUAUUUAUUUAGAAAAUGGAUGGGAAAAAUUCAUUGAAGACAACAUCGUAGAGCUUGGAGACUUCUUUAUUUUUUACUAUGAUGGAAUUAGAACUUUUGACUUCAAACUACUUCGAAGAAAUGGAUGUGUAAAGAAAGGAGUUGGAGGUUCAAAACUUGUUGUGAAGGAGGAGGAAACAGAUGAAAUGAAUGUUGAACAUCAAAAGAGUGUGGAUCCAAAGGAGAAUACUUGGGCUAGAGAUAACAAGAGCAUUUUUUCUAAUGAGGAUAGGGAUGGGGCUAACAUGGUAGAAGAUAAAGAGGAUGAAGAGAAGGAAUGUGAAAAGACAAAAAAGGUGCAAUCAAAAGAUGAAGAUAAGGAAGAAGAAGAUGAUAAAGAUGAUGAAGAGGAUGAAUACAAAGAAGAGGAUAAGGAAGAGAAAGAAAGGAUUGGCAUAUUCAACAAAAAGGCACCACGUUCAAAAGUUAAAUAUAAAAGUGUGACUGUUGGUAAGGUGAAUGAUCCCCAUGACCAAUUUGCUACAGAUAUAUUUAGAAGUGGACAUGCAACUAAGCCAAAAAAUCCUUACUUUGUGUCCCUGGCUUUCACAAAGGGUCGUCGCUUUUGUGGCCUUCGCAUCAGCGAAGCCUAG